CAACCCGGUGGUGACACGCUCCGUUCACUGAACCGUCACAUGUUGUUCACAUCAGAAGUCAAAGCAGAGUCACUUCUGAGGAAGUGAAGCUCAGACAGUCGUUGCUCCUGAGAGGUGAAAUGGAGCAGAAAGGAGUUCAGCUGGAUCGGGAAACCUUCUCUUGUUGCAUCUGUCUGGAUCUCCUGAAGGAUCCAGUGACUAUUCCCUGUGGACACAGCUACUGCAUGAACUGUAUUAAAGCCCACUGGGAGGAAGAGGAGGGGAAGAAACUCCUCAGCUGCCCUCAGUGUAGGCAGACCUUCACACUGAGGCCUGUCCUGCUGAAGAGCACCAUGUUGGCAGCUCUAGUGGAGCAGCUGAAGAAGACUGGACUCCAAGCUGCUCCUGCUGAUCACUGCUAUGCUGGAGCUGGAGAUGUGGCCUGUGAUGUCUGCACUGGGAGGAGACUGAAGGCCUUCAAGUCCUGUCUGGUGUGUCUGGCUUCUUACUGUGAGAAACACCUCCAGCCUCAUCAUGAUGUUCCUCCUUUAAAGAAACACAAGCUGGUGGAGCCCUCCAACCAGCUCCAGGAGAACAUCUGCUCUCGUCACGACGAGGUGAUGAAGAUGUUCUGCCGUACUGAUCAGCAGUGUAUCUGCUACCUCUGCUCUCUGGAUGAACAUGAAGGCCACGACACAGUCACAGCUGCAGCAGAACGGACCGAGAGGCAGAGCGAGCUGGAGGGGAGUCGACUCAACAUCCAGCAGAGGAUCCAGGACCGAGAGGAAGACCUGAAGCUGCUCCAUCAGGAGGUGGAGGCCCUCAACCUCUCUGCUGAUAAAACAGUGGAGGACAGUGAGAAGAUCUUCACUGAGCUGAUCCGGCUCAUGGAGAACAGAAGCUCUGACGUGAAGCAGCAGGUCAGAUCCCGGCAGAGAACUGAAGUGAGUCGAGUCCAAGAGCUUCAGGAGAAGCUGGAGCAGGAGAUCACUGAGCUGAAGAGGAACGAGGCUGAGCUGAAGCUGCUGUCACUCACAGAGGAUCUCAAGCAGUUUCUACUCCACUACCCCUCACUGUCACCACGCGCUGAGUCUACACACUCGUCCGGCUUCAUCAUCCGUCCUCUGAGACACUUUGAGGACGUGGCGGCGGCUGUUUCAGAAGUCAGAGAUGAACUACAGGACGUCCUGAGAGAGAAGUGGACAAACGUCUCACUGACGGUGACUGAAGUGGACGUUUUACUGCCUCAACCAGAGCCUGAGAGCAGAGCUGGAUUCUUAAGGUAUUCAUGUGACAUCACUCUGGAUCCAAACACAGCAAACACACAGCUGUUAUUAUCUGAUGGGGACAGAAGAGCAAUAUUAAUGAGAGAAGAUCAGUCUUAUUCUAGUCACUCAGACAGGUUCACUAGAUGUUGGCAGGUCCUGAGUAGAGAGAGUCUGACUGGACGUUGUUACUGGGAGGUGGAGUGGAGAGGAGGAAGAGGAGUUGAUGUAGCCGUCGCAUACAAGAACAUCAAGAGAACAGGGAGCGGGGGUGAAUCUGGAUUUGGAUUCAAUAACAACUCUUGGGCGUUAAGAUGUUUCAACAACAGUUUUACAUUUGUUCACAACAAAGUCCAAACUCCCGUCUCUGGUCCUCAGUCCUCCAGAUUAGGAGUGUACCUGGAUCACAGAGCAGGUAUUCUGUCCUUCUACAGCGUCUCUGACACCAUGACUCUCCUCCACAGAGUCCAGACCACAUUCACUCAGCCUCUCUAUGCUGGACUUGGACUUAAAGUUCAUAGUUUGUCUGAUUUGUUGUUUGGCUUUCGAAAUGAAAGCAGUGUUGAGUUAUGUAAACUAAAAUAGACAGAAGUCCUUUGAGGGUUAAACUCUGAGUUUGAACUCUUGGACUCAUUUAGUCUCUGUGUUGCUGACAGCUGACUGUUGGUGUUUCUUCACUGCAGAGAUCAGCUGUCAGUCAGACCUUGUGGGCGGUACUUUGACGUCUGGUCCUCAUUGUUCUGUAAAGGUCUGAGUAGUUCCUGUAGGUGGCGCUGCUUCCUGUGGUUAUCCAUGGAGGCUCUCACUGCUCGUGAUGACGUGUGUUUACCUGAACUGACUUUUCUCUGCAUGAACAUUUAAACUUCUCUGAGCUCUAAAUGUCUGAUGAAUAUUCAUCUUGAUGUUUAUUAUUGUUGAUUCUCUUCCUCUGCAUGUGUCUUAAGAGAGAAGCAGCAGACCUUCAUGUCUCUGACGUGUGUUCUCUGACGUGUGUAUUUGUGAACAAAUCCUUAAUUUCAUGUAUUUGUUUGGCAGAUAUAUGAGCUCUUAUUAAACUUUAAUUAUCAUUAUCUUAAUCAAUGAGGAGAUCAUUCAUUAUUCUCUUAAAUAUAAAUGAUUCAGUUGAAACUGAUUGCGUGUGUGAUGAAUCUGUCCAUAACCUCAUUGAUCAGGAGUCAUUGAACGGACUUUAUUGAUGGGAUGUGAGAACAAACUGGAUGUUUACACCGUGAAUAAACAAACAUAAACAAAG